CGUGUCUCCGCGUUCGCGGCCAGAACGUGGCGGCUCGGCGGCGGCUCGGCGGCGGCUCGGCGGCGGCUCGGCGGCGGCUCGGCGGCGGCUCGGCGGCGGCUCGGCGGCGGCUCGGCGGAGCACUGCUCAGCUCUGGCUGAUGGUGGCGCGGGGGAUUGAACCUGGGACUUUGGAGCCUCAGGCAGGAAAGCCUCUUUGCAUAAACAUGCUAUGCCUCCCAGCCCCCCGCCCUAGAUGCAUUUUCAUACAUCUGUUUGAUGUAGCGGUGCCGGGGCUCGAACCCGCGGCCUCUGGCCCCAGCUGGACCGUCCCUGCGUGGGGUUCCCGGGCAGAGAGACGGACACCCGAGGCUCUAAUGCAGGAAGCCGUGUUCAUUCUGCGGCAGACCCAGCCGGACAGGGGGCUGGGCCCCGGCACAGUGGCGCUGCCCUUUUGUACAGUUAUCAGCCUUCCAUAGUCACUCUCAGCAACCAGCUUCACAGGUGACUUUUCGAGAGUACGCCUUGUCUGAGUUAUCAGCAGACUCUUGGGCAGAAGGAGCAGAUUCUUGGGACACCUACAAGGCCACUUGGCUGACAGCAGGAGGAAGCCCUGUGUGUGCUGGAGGAAGGGAACAUGGCCGCCGCUGCAUUUUCCUUUCACUAAGAAGCAUGGAUUGGAACUGGUGCCUCCCUCCCAUCCCCGCUACACCCUGCAUCAUGUGGAUACUAACCCUCCAUCAGUCACCUGUUGAUGCCUCCCCCCAAAAAACGCGGCAGGAAUUCCCUGAAAGCCCAGCUGCAGUUCCAGCAACCGCCACUUGAGGGCGCCAAGCACCACUACGCAGAACCACCACUGCCUGUCACCCACACUAGGAAGGUGUCCAGCAAGCCCGUGGACCACAGCACAGCUACCUCCUGGGUGUCCCCGCAGUUUGAUGAGGUGGUAGAGAACAGGCUCCCCAUCUGCAGGAAACAGCGGCAGUGCAGAGACCAGGCAAGGCCCUCAGGGCGCAAGUCCUCGGCCUCUAGGUUCCAGCGUCUUACCUUCCAGAGCCCGCCUACCUCUCCUGCGGCAGCUGCAUCUGGGAUUCCCUGCAGCCGGGAGCUUUCCAUUCCAGCAGAAAAGGAUGCUUCUGGAAGGGUCCUGGUUCCCAUGAUCAGCCCACAGAGCUGCGGGCCGCUGUCUCAACACACACCCAGCCUGCCGCAUGUGUUCCCCCUGCCCAGCCUCCACACCCCUGGGACCUCUCCUGGGAACCCUGCCCCGCCACCCCCAGAUCCGAGGAGGACCCGCCGCCCACAUAGCUCCCAUUGCAUCGCCAUCCCCAGGAGCCCCGAGCCUGGGCCUGUGCUAGUUACAGACACCCCCGAAGAUAAAUACGGGGUGAAGGUCACCUGGCGCAGGCGACGCCACCUGCUCGCCUACCUCCAGGAGCACGGGAAGCUGAGCGAGAGCCAGUUCCUGGUGCACAGCUGACCCUCUCCCCCACACCACUGGCCGCAGGCUAAGGGAUCCCAGUUGAUUGGGGGCUCUCCCAGACUCACUUCCAUUCCACCGGUCCAGGGAAAUGGCAAUAGCACCAGUGUCAACUGCAAGAACAAGGACUCAGCUUGGGCCUUGGCCCUGGGAGGAAGUUCACGGCCUAGAUGGGCCUCUUAUAAUAUCUUGUGUCUGGCUGGAAGAGUUUUUAGUAUCGCAAACCAUUCUUGCUCAUAAAACUAUUUUAUAUAUAUAUAUAUAUAUAUAUAUAUAUUGUUUUUUUGGUCACUUUUAGUAACUCUUCACCGAGUAUGGAAAUAAAUGGUUGUAGGAAGGUUUUAGAAGUUCCAGCUUCUGACUGUCAUUGAUGCAGUGAUUCUGUCCUCGGGUUAAUCCUCUGACUGCCUCCCGUGAAUUCAUACUCAUUCAUCGCCUGAUGUCUAGCUCUGGCUACGUGUCAGGUCACUCCACGAGCUGAUGGAUGGACAGAAAUAAAACAAACGCUGACUUUCUGAGGUUGAGCUGCCACCUCUGUAGCCUGGGCUCAUCUGCUGAAAGGACAAGAUUGAGUGAAGGCGCCAGCCCUGCUGAGCUGAACUCAGCUGCCUUGGGGCAAAGAACAGUCACCUAGGUCUGCUGGGCUUUGAAAUGGUUUUUGCUUCCAACCGAAGCACUAAAUAUUAUUGGUAAAUAGCAAGGAGAAAUGCUAUCUUGCAAUAACUAUUUAGAAUGUAUGCAAAUAAAUGUUGAGGGUUUUCGUAGA